AUGCAUGCCCUCAGUUCUGCUGCCCACCAUGCCCUUGACACCAAUGAGGGUGCGGAUCCUUCCCCGCUGGCCUAUACUGACUCCACUGGACUGCCUUGGACCCUGAAAAUUACCAUUUAUGAUGCAAUUUGUGUACGGCCAGUCUCAGGAGACGCCCAGGACAAAGUGACUGUUGGCCAUCAGGCCGUUGGUGUGCAGUGCAGGCAGACCUUCUUCCAUAGAGUUGUUGCUCAGUAUGUGUGGAGUGUGAAUUACAACUCUAAAUCUAUCUGUGCUCUAAAGGGGUCUACAGUGACCAUGGAAUGUACUUACAAAUAUCCAAGAGGUCUUUCAGUCCAAAAAGCUUUCUGGACCAAAUACUGGAUUAGAGGUGCAGAACCACCUGAUCUUUUAGCUGAUCCAGAGUACAGAGGCAGAGUUCAGUACCUCGGAGAUAAAUUCAGCUACUGCACUCUCAGACUGAGUGAUGUGAGGGAAAAGGACCAAAGUAAAUACUACUUUAGAUUCAUAACACGCACAUCUGGAGGAAAGUAUCAAGGUGAAGAUGGAGUUGAUCUUUCAGUCACAGAUCUCCAGGUGGAGGUUCCUGAGAGAGUGAUAGAGGGAGAUAAAAUCACUCUCACAUGUAAAACCACCUGCAGACUUACAGUCAGACCAACAUUCACCUGGUACAGAAAUGGACAUCAUUUAUCCUCCAGUACUGACCAGCUCCACCUGCAGCCAGUCAGCAGGGAGGAUGCAGGCAGGUAUCACUGUGCUGUAUGGAGUCAGAACCUUCGCUCUCCUGAGGUCACUCUUAAUGUCAGAUGUAAAUGGACCAAGGAGUGUCUCAGGUCCAUCAGUCCCUCUGGUGAAAUAGUGGAGGGCAGUUCAGUGACUCUGACCUGCAGCAGUGAUGCAAACCCACCUGUGGAAUAUAACUGGUUUAAAGGAGCAGCAUUAGUAGCAAAAGGAGAGACUUACACAAUGAACAAGAUCAGCUCUGUGGACAGUGGAGAAUACAAGUGCAGAUCCAGUAAUGGCUACAUAGAGAAACAAUCUGAAGCUCUAACACUGAGUGUUUUGUAUCCUCCAAAGAGCAUCUCAGUGUCCAUCAGUCCCUCUGGUGAAAUAGUGGAGGGCAAUUCAGUGAAUCUGACCUGCAGCAGUGAUGCAAACCCACCAGUGCAGAACUACACCUGGUUUAAAAGAACAUCAUUAGUAGCAAAAGGAGAGACUUACACAGUGAACAACAUCAGCUCUGUGGACAGUGGAGAAUACAAGUGCAGAUCCAGUAAUGAACAUGGAGAGAAAUACUCUGAAGCUGUAACUCUGAAUGUUUUGUAUCCUCCAAGAAGUGUCUCAGUGUCCAUCAGUCCCUCUGGUGAAAUAGGGGAGGGCAGUUCAGUGAAUCUGACCUGCAGCAGUGAUGCAAACCCACCUGUGCAGAACUACACCUGGUUUAAAGAAGGUGGAAGCUCACCUGUAGGAUCUGGACAAAAUUACAGCUUUACCUUUGUCUCUAAAAGCAGUGGAUACUACUGUGUGGCUCAGAAUAAAUACGGGUCUCAAAAAUCAGCUGCUUUGCCAGACACUUUAAAAGCAGAACGCUCCAUAAUUCUGAAAAAGAAGAAGAGAACGAUGGAGGAAGAUGACUACCAGAAUGUUGACCCCAAUGCCAAGGACGACACGUACACAGCUCUUGAUCUCAUGUCCAGGUCCUGUGAUGUGUACGGCACACUUGCAGCUCCCCCUCAAGGUGUAGGCAAGCAAGAAGGGCGUACCACUUACUGCUGCAGCACGAAUGCAGAGGUGGGCAUUGUUUUUAGGAGGACACAGAUUGAGAAUCUUCCUGUUACAGCAGAGAUGAUCAGAAAUCACACCCGAAGAGAUCCCACGCUGUCUCAGGUGUACGUGGCCACACUUAAUGGCUGGACAGCACGACAGAAAUCACAUUUCGUUGCACCUGGAGUCCUACAGAGACAACACAUUGAUCAGCUGAGGAUACAGAUGCCCAUCAGUAAAAAGUCAUCUGAGGUGUUCAUAGCGCCUCCUGCUGUUCCAGAGCUGUCUACUCCUGAGGAGUCACACACUCCAGCAACAGAGUGCACUCAGCUGGAUGCGCGUGCACAUGUGAAUGCGCCGCUGCGAGGACACAAGUGCACAAACAGAGCGAGGAAAGCGCUCUUCGGCAGAGCGCACUAA